AUGGAGCAGGAUAGAUCGCACUACCUGGUAAACGUUGGCUGGGUGAAUGCCACGACACUGUGGGCGUCGUGGGCGUCAAGAGACCAGAGCACAGCAGUACUGGCCACCUGCGACAAUGUCGACUGGAACUGCUCCUUGGUACACGUCAAUCACAAGGAGGGCGGAGGUGUGUCUCCAGUCGUCCGUUCAGUGGUGUGGGCAGGGACCUGGGCAGUGUUUCCCUGGUCAGUGAAGACUCUCUCAGGUGCCUGGCACAACCAUGUGGCACUGGUGGGGGCACGCGAGGGCCGCCACUCACCACUUACCCUUGAAGAGUACCACGUCACUGAAGUCCUCGGCUUCGUUCUCAAUGACAGCCUCGUCUACUUCAGGGGAUCAGAGCUGGAGAAUGGGGCAGGUCGACAGCAGGUGUACAGUGUGUCUACUGGCGAGCAGAAUGUAUCAUGCAUCACGUGCCACAUAGGUUGUAAGUACGUGGUGGCUCAGCCUAACCCUAGUCUCACCCACCUGGUCGUCACCUGCACGGGAUCCGAGCCCCCGUCCACCCACCUUCUGUCCCUGGCUGCCACCCGUGCCGACCCUCUGCCACUACAUGAGCAGUCCAAGUUAAGGUCUGCGCUGAAGGACCUGGCGUUGCCAGUGGUGUACUCCAUGGACGUGGCCCUGGCCCCUGCCCUUCACGCUGCUGUCACCCUCACCCUUCCUCCCGGCUGGUCCGCAGAGGAUGAUACUCUCCUCUACCCUCUCGUCGUUCAGAUGAUCGGACCAGGGGAGCAGAAUGUGGAGGAACGACUGUGGCACCUCGGGUGGAAGGAGUACCUGUCGUCAGGUCACCAGGUAGUACACGCCAAGGUGGAGCUGUGGGGCGGCGACCCCUCCACCAGAGCCUCCACACACACCCUGGCAAAGUACCAGUCCAGAGUUAUACAGAAGAUGCUGAGUCAGUUCACCUUCCUGGACAGAGUGAACGUUGGUGUGUGGGGUUGGGGUUCUGGAGCCUCACUAGCCCUGGAUGCUGCUGCCCUGGCCCCUGACCUGCUGAAGUGUGUAGCUGCAGUCAACCCAGUGGUCGACUGGCGUGCCCAUGGUUCGUUCUGGGCAGAGCGUCAGCUGGGGUCAGCUGAGAGUGAGGGGUCGGGGCGUCGUUAUGAGGACAGUGACCUGACCCGUCUGGCACCUCAUCUAGGUGCCAACCGCGUCCUGCUGGCCCAUGGCACCCGGGAUCCAGCCGCGCACCACGCCUUUCUCAUGGCACACGCCCUCAUCUCCCAGGAGUCCUACUUCACUCAUGUGGUGUACACUGAUGAUGACUAUAUGCUGGACCUCAACCGAUACCACCUCAUCAACGCCUUCAACAAAUUCUUCUUCAGCUGUUUACACGACCCACUACAGUAUGAGUUACACAACCGCUGACGACGCUGCUGACACAACAUUUGACGCCGCUGCUGACAGCCGCUGACGCCGCUGCUGACACAACUGCUGACAGCCGCUGACGCCGCUGCUGACAACCAUUGACGCCGCUGACGCCGCUGCUGACACCGCCGCUGAAGACGCCGCGGCCAGUGCUCCAUGACGUCAUAUCUUGCCCACAUUAUUCUCAAUAAUUUAAAGCUAAAUCAUGAUUAUUGUCGCGCUGUUGCAAAUAAUAAUAAUAAUAAUAAUAAAAUAUACUACUAAUGAUAAUAAUAAUAAUAAAGUUAAGCAGACAAGCCUAACAUGUACAUGACCUUAAGUACACUAAGUACCACUUUGAAUUAAGGCCGCAAGAUCAUGUACUAUUGCACAAAGGCGUCAAAAGUUUCCCUAAAGAGUCAAGUUUCCCUGAAACUACCGGACAUGAGGAUUAUUAUACGUAAUCAAAAAGAAACUCUAAACCACAAGGGCUAUACAGCGGUGAGCGGGACAUGUGAGGAUUACCACCUACCUUCAGCAGUGUUUGUGUUCUUCACAGUUAUUGUCUGCUGCAUCAGUGGUUCCCCGUCCAGCCUCACCACUCUUAAUUCUUCCUCACUUUUAUAUAACUUUGUAUUUCUAAUGAAUUUCUUAACAAAUUCUCGCCUCAGUUGGGGGUCAG